CGCCCUUCGGUCCAGCAGGUCCAUUUUGAGCUCUGAGAGCUCCCAGAGCUUCUGGAGUACGCGGACAAGGCUGGGGCUGCGGCCGGCUGACCCGGUACCAUGGCCAGCGGGCAGAAGGUGAUGAACGCCAUCAGGGUCCUGGAGUUCGGGGGCCCCGAGGUGCUGCGAUUCCAACAUGACGUCCCCAUUCCUGAGGCCAAAGACAACCAGAUCCUGAUCAAGGUCCAUGCCUGUGGCGUCAACCCCGUGGAGACCUACAUCCGCUCAGGGACGUACAGCCGGGUGCCCACCCUGCCCUACACGCCGGGCAGUGACGUAGCGGGGGUCGUGGAAGCCCUGGGCCGAGGCGUGGAUGGCUUCAAGAAGGGAGACCGCGUGUUCACCACGAAGACCAUCACGGGGGGCUACGCGGAGUACACAGUGGCCUCGGUGCACACAGUCUUCCCCCUGCCCGAAACCCUGAGCUUCAGCCAAGGCGCAGCCCUGGGGAUCCCCUACUUCACCGCCUUCCGUGCCCUUUUCCACAAGGCUCAGGCUAGGCCCGGAGAGACCGUCCUCGUCCACGGGGCCAGCGGUGGGGUCGGGAUAGCCACGUGCCAGAUUGCCAGAGCGUACGGCCUGAAGGUCCUGGGCACGGCGGGCACCGACCAGGGCAGGAAGGUCGUCCUGAAGAGCGGCGCCCACAAGAUCUUCAACCACCGAGAGGCGGGCUACGUCGACAGGAUCCAGAAAUACGUCGGCGAAAACGGGGUGAACGUGAUCAUCGAGAUGGUGUCCAACGUCAACCUCCACAACGACUUGCAUCUUCUCUCUUAUGGAGGAAGGGUGAUCAUCGUUGGCUCCAGGGGCCCCAUCGAAAUCAACCCCAGGGACACCAUGAAGAAGGAGAUCAGCAUCAUUGGAAUGUCCUUAUAUUCCUCCUCCAAGGAGGACUUCAUGGAGACCCUGUCCGCGCUGCUGGCGGGCAUCGAGUCGGGCUGGCUGCAGCCCGUGAUUGGGUCUCACUACCUGCUGGAGAACGCGGCCAAGGCCCACGAGGACAUCAUCAAGAGCGCAGGGGCCGCGGGAAAGAUGGUUCUGCUCAUGGCCUGACACCGCAGCCCAGGGAGCCCUCUAGGGUGGGCCCAGGCCAUUCUGCCCGCCCUGGAGCUGGGGUGGGCGCCUUUCCCGGCACCGAGUCCACCCAGGCCGUGUCUUCUUGGUCAGCCUCAUCAAUAAAGUAGACUAUCAGUG